AAACGCCGUUUCCAUCAUCACUGAACGGGAGAGAAGGACGGCGAAAGGGGUCGACCGUCACAUUUCCAGGCAGGCAGAGGCUUGGACGGAGGAUGAAUGUGAUGUACUAAGCAAGGAUCUUUUCAAUUGGCUUCCACCGACUCUCAGUUCUUUGGGGAGCGAGAAGAAGAUAGAAGAACUCCUGUGUUUGGAUAAGACUCCUGGAAGGUAGAUUCAUUGAGAGGGAUUCUCUUCCCAUCUAACCAUGGAGAACGCUCACACCAAGAGUGUGGAAGAAGUUUAUAGUUAUUUCAGCGUCAACGAGAGCACGGGACUGACUUUAGACCAGGUGAAACGGCAGAGAGAGAAAUGGGGUCCCAACGAGUUGCCUGCUGAGGAAGGAAAAUCUAUAUGGGAACUUGUCAUCGAGCAGUUUGAAGAUUUACUUGUGCGGAUUCUUCUUCUGGCAGCUUGUAUAUCUUUUGUAAGUACAUUUUGGUUAACAUGUUCUAGCAGGUUUCUGCCGUUAUUGUUAUUGUGCAAUAUUCCUUGAGUGCAAAUAGGGUUG